AUGGUGGAUAGUGAAUAUCAUGAUGUUUUUGAUACAACAGAUGAAAUAGAAUCAUUAAACGAUUUAAAUGAUAAUAAAGAAUGCAUAAAUAAAAAUUGUUCUAAAGAUUACAACUUUAUAAAUGAUUAUGAAAAAUUAAAAAACGAAAAAGAUAAUAUAAACAUAAAUCAUUAUUUUCCAUUGAAAAGUAAAAGAACAAAUAAUGAUGAAAAUAAAAAGUAUAAUAUAGAAAUAAAAAAUAAAAAUUCAAAAAAUGGGAGUAUUAAUUUGUACAACAACAUAAAUGAUAGUUUAUCUAAAUUGAAAACAAUAAUAAAAUAUGAAAAGGCAAGUGAAAAAGAUAUAGAAAAAGAGGACAUGCAAAAAAGAAUAGAUGAAAAUUACAAAAGUAAUUCCAAUAAAAAUAUUUCCUAUAAUGAAACUGUUGACAAAAAUUGUAUUAAACUUGAUGAAACCAACUUUGAGAAAAAUAAUAAAGUAGAUGAAAUAUUAAAAAGUACUACAGAAAUAAGUUCACUUAAAAACUUAGGAAAAAAUAAAAGCUUUUUAAUGAAAUCGAAUAAUGAAAACAUUUCUGAAUUGAAAAAAAGCGGAAAAGAAAAUAUUAAUUACAAAAAUAUAAAUUUUAGUCAUAAUGAUUCUAUAAAUUCAAAAAACUAUAUGAAAAAUAGCAGUAAUCAUAUUAACAAAAAUUUUAUGAAUAGUAAUGAUAAUGAUAGUUCAUAUCCAGAUAACAAAAAAGAAUUCGAUGAAAUUUUAAAUAAUAAAAAGGAAUACAAAAAUAUAGCAAAUAAUAUAGAAGAUAAUUCAAAUAAAAUUAAUUUAGAUAUAUCGUUAAUGUCUUCAGAAAGUUUGAGAAAAGAAUUUAGUUUUUAUUCAUUUAAUGAGAAAAAUAAUUCUAACAACUUUUCCAUAAAUGAAAAUGAUAUUAAAGUUAGCAAUUUUUCUAAUUUAAACGAUUCAUUAAUAAAUGACAAUAUUUCUAUUAGUGCAUUUUCAUUUAAAGGAAAUAUAAAUAAUUCAUUUAAUAAAAAUUUGAAUGUAUCUACUGAGAAUGAAAAAAAUCAAAUAGAUAACAAAUCAAAUAUAAAACAUAUUCAUGAAAAGAAUAAUGAUGAUAUAAAAAAGGAAUGGGAAAAUGAAGAAGAAAACUACAUAAUGAAAAGUAAAAAAUCUGAUAUAAGUUUUGUUUCAAACAAUAAUUUUAAUAAUAUUCAUUAUGAAAAUGAUUUAAAAAAUAGUGAUUAUAAGAAUAAGGUAGAUAAUAAUGAAUUAUUAUACUUUAAUUCAAAUAAAAAUAAACGAAGAAAUAAUACUUUUUCUGAUCAUGUGUACUCUAUUAGAAAUAAUACGAUGUUGAACGAAUCCAUGAAUACAAAAAAAAAUAGAAAUAAUUCAAAUAAUUUUAAUUUAAAUAGUAGUAUAAGUUUUAGUAAAACGAGUUACAUAAGUAACGGAAAGGAAAUGAAUAAGAAUUAUAUUAGUUUGAAUGAUAAUUUAAUAGAAAAUACAAAAAAUAUUAACAAAGAUAUAGAUUUAUUAAAGAACAAUAAUAAUUAUAAUCAAGGUAAUUUUGAUAAUAAAAAAAUAAAAAAUAACAUAAUGUCAAAUUGUGAUGUUUCCAAUAAUAUUUUCAAAAUUUAUAAUAAAGGAACAAUUUUAAAAAAACAUGAAAAGGAAAAUAAUAUGAAUGAAACAAAUAAUUCAAUUAAAGGUAAUGUAAUAAGUACCUCAGUUAAUUUUAUAAAUGACAUUAAUGAUAAUAAUAAAGAAAAUCUUAAUGAGAAUUAUAAAAAAACAAAUUCAAAUAAGAUAUUGAAUGAUUUAAGUUUAAAUAAAUUGGAAAGUUUAAAUAGUAGCAUAAUUGAUAUUUAUACGAAAAAUAAUAAUGAGCACAAAUUUCUUGAUAAUAUUAUAUUAGAUGAUAGUAUUUUUGUACAAGGAAUGAAUUUUAAUAAAGAAAGUUUAGAUUUAGAUAAUGAUAGUAUUGAUAAGAGUCUAGAUAAAAAUUAUAAAAAAGAAUCAUCUUUUUCUUCAGAAAAUAAUGGAGAAAACAUUUUUAAAAUAUCUUUAAGUUGUAAUGACAUGUUAUCACCACAUUAUAACGAAAGAGCAGAAAAUAAUAAUACAGAAAAGAAAGAAGUAAACGAAAAUUAUCAAAAAAAUGAAGAUUACAGAAUAAAUGAUAACGAUAAAAAUGAUAAAAUGAAUUUCAAACAAUCUUCUAGUAAUAUAAAUGAAGAAAAAGAUUUAAAAAAUAAUUUAGAAGAAAAUUUACAUAACAAAGAAAAAAAUAACAAUGAGACAAAUUUAAGUAAAUUUAAUUCAUUUCAAUUUGAAUUAGAUAAGAAUGUACUAUUAAAAAAUACUAUGAGUCUUCAAAAAGAUUAUAAUAUAGAAAAAAGGAAAUCAAAAACAUCGAUUAUACAAACUUUUAAUAAACAUCAUAAUGAUAUAUUGGAAGAAAAUGAUAUUUUUAUAAAAAAUAGGAAAUCAAGUAUCAACAGAACCGAUACUAUAAAUAACUUUUCAAAAUAUGAAACAAAUAGUCUCCAAGGAAAAUCAAUAAAUAUUGAUUUUGGAAAAUUGCAAAAUACCUUUCUUAAUAGAGAACUUUCUAAUGAGUUAAAUAAAAAAGAAUGUAUAGAGUUUAGUCAUUUUUUAAGUACAGAUAAAUCUCAAAAUAAUCCUAAUAAAAAAAAAAUAGAUAAUUAUAAAUCAGAAAACACACAAUAUUAUAUGAAUGAAAGUACUAUAAAUAAAUAUAGUAUAAUUAACUCUAACCAGAUGCACACAUCAAAUAAUAAAGAGGAUAUAAUGAUAAAUAAUAAUACAUUAUUAGAGGAUAAUUUAAAAAAAAAAGAGGAUACAAGCAUGAUUGAUAGUAACAGUGAUUAUAUUAUAAAGAAAAGAUUAAAUGAUAAUUUAUGUAAUGAGAAUCAGGAUAUGAAAGAUACAGAUGUAAAUUAUAAUAACAAUACAUACAAUUUGGACAAAUUGAAAUCAGUAAAUAAUAAUGAUGAAGUUUUUGAAAUGGGUAGUUAUACUCAAGAAAGGAAUAAAUCACAUGAGAAUAUUAAUAAUAAAUAUGAAAAAUAUAAACAAUUUAACUAUGACAAUAAUAAUGCAUUUUUAAUUAAUAAUUCUAAUUUAAAGGAUAAUUCAAAUAUUAAUAAGAUAAAUGAUAAAAUUGAUAAUUAUGAAUGUAGCACAAUUAAACGAAAAAUCAUUUAUGAAGAAAAAAAUAGGCAAUUAGAUCAAGAUGAUUUAUCAUCACAUAAAAAAAUUAAUGAAAAUUAUGAAAAGUUAAAUGUUGAUAUUAAUACAAAUAAAAACGAAUUUUAUGAUACUAAUAUAGAGAAUUAUAUAAAUAAUAGUCAUACUAGUAAUAAAAAUUUUAUAAAUGAAAAUAGCUUUUACAUUAAUAGAAGUAAUGAUAAAAAUAAUGAUAUGAAUAAAAGUAAGAGCAUGAUAAAUGAAAAAGAAAUUAGUAACUUGAAAAAUUGCAAUAUUAUAGAUAUUGCAGAAAAUAAAAACAAUAAUGAAUUUAAGAAAAUGCAAUAUAAAUCAAAUGAAAGUAUAAUAAAAAACAGUAACAUGACAAGUAUACCCGAUAUAUUAAAUUUAGGUAUUAAUAAUAAUUCUCCAGUUUUUUUUUUUGAUAAUAUAAAUAAUUCAGUAGAUUAUGAUAAUAAUAAUAAUAAUUUUCAAAAAUCAGUGCAAAAUUCUGUUAUUCUUAAUGAAUGGAAAUUGUCUCAAGAAGAAAUAGUGAAUAGCAAAAACAUGUUACAAAGUAACAAUAGGAAUAAUUUUAAUAGAAUGUCCUUAAAUGAAAUCAAGGAUAUAUCUGUUUUCACAACUACUAAAAAUAAUACUAAUCAUACCAAUCAUUAUAAUGAAAAUAAAUCAGAAAAUAAUUUCAUAUUUAAUGACAAAAUAAAAGAAAAUAUGAAAGAUGUGCUUUUACAUUGUAAUACAGAGAAAGAAGAAAAUAAAAAUAACAAAAGUGAUUUUUCUUACAAUAAAGUAUUAAGUGAAACCAAUUUAAUAUUAAAUGAAAAAAAUAAAAAUAUAGGAGUUAAUAAUAAUAUAUUUUCAAUACGAAAAGAAAAUAACACAUAUAAAAAUUUAUUUAAUAAUUAUGUUAAAUCUAGUAAUGAUGAUUUAGAUACACAGAAGAAUUCAAAAGAAAAAAAAAUGCAUAAAAGGAAAACAUUAAGCGAAUCAGAUAUUGAUAAAUUAGUGACAAUUAAUACAAAUUAUUAUGACGAAAAAAAAGAUAAAAUGUAUGAAAAAAAUGAUAAACAAUGUGGAAAAAAUAAUGAAUUAUUUAAAAAUGAUAAUAAUAUGAUCAAAAAUAAGCAUUUACUUAAAGAAAAAAGCACGAUUAAACAAAAUGAUAUAAAUAUAGAAUGUGAGGAUGAAAUGUAUAUUCCUAUCAACCAUUUAAUGAAUGAUAAGAAACAUACUUUGAUUGAAUCCCUUAAUGAAAAUGAUUCAUUUUUAAGAAAUGAUACUGUAAGAAAAGAACUUACACCAAGUAGUGUUCAAAAUACUAAAACUUUUAUUCAUUUAGAUAAAAAUAAUAUAAGUUACAAUGAACAAGUAUUUAGUAGAAAAAACAUUAUUGCAAAUAAUAAUGUUCAUAAUGAUAAUCAUAAUGAAAAUAAUUCAAAAGAGAAAAUUAAUCAGAAUUUUAAAAUAAAUGAAUAUAAUGAAGAUAAAAUGAUAGAAAUAGAAGAAAAUAAUUAUUAUAAAUUUAAUAAUAACAAUUUUAAUUAUAAUAAUAGUAUUAAUUACAAUAAUUACGAACUAAGUUAUGUAAACAAAAAUUAUAACAGUAAUAUGCAUACUGAAAAUGAAUACAAAAACAGUUCAAUUAAUUUUAAUUAUGAUGAUAAUAUUUAUAAAUACAAUAAUGAUUUUAUUGGCAAUAAAAGUAAUAAAGGAGAUGAUAAUUCUAUUUAUUACUUAGAUAAAUGUAAUAAUGUGAAUAAUUGUUAUUUGGAAAAAAAAGAACAAGGUUAUAUAAAAAAUAAGGAAUUUAAAGAUAAAUAUAAUAAAAACAAUUAUUAUUAUAAGAAGGAAAAUGAAAAUAAUAAUUACGAAAUGAAUAAAGAAAAAAAGCAUUUUUUUAAUAAUGUGAUUUCUUCAAAUGAAAUUGAGUUAAGAAAAGAUACAAAGACAUUAAAUGGCAAUGAUUACUUAGAUAAGAUAAAUAUAUUUCAUAUGCAUCAAAUUGAUUCUGAAAGUAAAAUUGAUAAAAAUAAAAUAGAACCAAAUAAAUAUAUGAAAAGUGAUAACAAAAACAUAUCAAGAAAUAUUUACAAUGAAGAAAAUGAUAAAAAUUAUUUAAUAGAUGUAAGUGAUCAUAAAAUAAAAACAUAUAAUAAUAGAGAUUUAGUUAAUUUAGGAAAUAAUAAAAACCGAAUUACGCAUAAAGAACAAGUUGUUGAAGAUUAUUUGUAUGACGAUUAUUCAUAUGAAAUUAGAAAUGAACCUAUACUUAAAUUAAAGGAAGAAAAUAAAAGAAAAAAUAAUAUUAAAGAAGUGAAUGUCAAAUAUCCUUAUCAAAAAAAUGACAAGAUAAAAAUGGAAUCAGGUUUGUUUAUGAAAAAAAAUGCAAAUGUAAAAUAUAAUAAUGAAGAAAUGAGUAAUUGUGAAGAAGCCAUUUUUAAUGAGUCAUUAUAUAAUACAGUCAAUAAAGAAAAUAUAAAUGGUAAUAGGAAAUAUAAAAAUUUUACUAAUUUUGAUGUAAAUUUAAAUUAUAAAGAUAAUAAUUUAAACAAAGAAAAUGAAAAAUACUUAAAAGAAGAAUAUUUUAAUGGUACCAUUGAAGAAAGAAAUAAUGGAAAAUAUCAUAAAGUGUAUAAUAGAAAGAGGCAAUUAGAAAAUAAUAAUUUUGAUUAUAAGAAAAACAAUGAAAAUUCUAAAAUUUUUAAUGAAGAAAAUAAUUAUAAUGAAAAAUUUAAUUAUGAUCAUAAUUAUAACUAUACAGACAAUUAUAUGUCAGAAAAUAAUAAAAAAAUUUUAGAUAAAGAUUUCAGAGGAAAUGAAAAAUAUGAUAAAAAUGAUGCUAUUUAUCCAUUUGAGGAAGAAAUAAUAGAAAAGCAAAAAAAUAAUAAAAAAAAAUAUGAUGAUAAAAAUUUUAAUAAUAUGAGGCAUGAUGAAUUUCAUUUUACAGACAUCAGAAAAAAUUAUAGUAAUUUUAAAGAAAUGAACGAUUCUUAUUUAGUAAAAAAGGAUGAAAAUAACUGGAAUGAACAAAAUGCGAAAUCUUUAAGAAAUAAAAAAAUAGAUGAAGAAAAUUUAAUUUUUUAUAAUGAUAAAGAUAACAAUUAUGUACUAAAUAAUAAUAAUAAAAUUAUUUCAAAUAUGCAUAAUGGAUAUUAUAUAGAAAAAAAUAAAAAUCUUUAUAGUGAUAGUAAUUGUCUUGAGGAAGAAUAUAAACAAAUAUAUAUAAAAGAUAAUAAUAACUGUAUUAGUUAUCAUAAGGAAAAUAAUUAUAAUGAUAAAUUAUGUUCUAAUUAUGAUAAAAAUUCCAAAAAAUAUAUAUCUGAAGAUUAUCAUACAAAUAAUAAUUAUGAUAAAAACAACUUUUAUUAUAAAAUAGAUGACAGAUGCAUUAAUAAUAAUUGUAAAUAUAAUAUAAAUGAUUUAAAUUAUAAAGAAAAUAUUUCAAAUUAUAAAAAUUAUAAUUCUAGUUAUAAUAUGUGCAAUGAUUAUGAUCAUUUCGAAUGCAAAAAAUUUGAUGAUAAUAAUAAAAUAUAUUGCUACAAUAAACAGUAUUAUGAUGAUUAUAAUUAUGACGAUGCGAAUAAUCAUAUAAAUAACAAUGAUAAUAAUAAUAAUAAUAAUAAUAAUAAUAAUAAUAAUAAUAAUAAUAAUAAUAAUAAUGAAUUAGAAAGUAAAAAAAAUGAUAUAUAUGAUGAAAAUAAUAAUUUUAAAAAUGAAAAAGAUUCUGAUGUUUUAAAUAAAAUAAUGAAUGUAAUGAUGAAUAUACAAAGUGAUUUGAAAGAUGUAAAAUAUAAAUUAAUAAAAAAAGAAAAAAAAAGCAUAAAAGAAGAUGAAGAAAUAGAUAACAAAUUAGAAAGAACUAAUAGUGUAUUGUGUAUAAAAAACAUAAAUACAAAAAAUGAUAAUAAUGUAGAGAAUUAUUCAACAUUCUUAAAAAAAGAAGAGAAUAAGAUAAAUAAAAAGAAUAGUGAAACACAUUCAGAUGAAAAAUUAAAGAAAAUUAAAAAUAACGAAUUAGAAAAUAAUAAGAUGAAAAAUUAUAGCAGAAUAAAUCAGAAUGAAGAUGAUACAAAUAUUAAAGAGGAUAAAUUAUUGAAUGAUCAAUAUCCAGCCAACAAUAAUCUUGAAAAUUUAAAUGAAAAUUUAAUGAAAUAUAAUGAAAAUAAAAAUGAUGAAGAAAAAGAUAGCAAUAAUGUAAAUAGCAUCAUGGAUAAAGAAUUGUAUAACUUAAAUUUUGUUUUAAAAAAUUUAAAUUAUGAAAAUAUUGAAGAUUCAGAUAUUAGUAAAUCAAAUAGAUUAUAUUUAUUUAAUAAAUUUUUCACCUCAUUGUUCUAUGAAGAUAAUAGGAGAAUACAUAAUUUUAUUAUGUUAAAUAUAUACAACAUUGAGCAAAAGAGACAAACACAUAAGGUUUCAUUGUUUUUAGAAAAAGAUUAUUCAGAUAUUUUUCAUUUUUCUUACAAUAAUUUAUUAUUUUAUGCUUUUGACUGUUAUAAUUUUUAUAAAUAUAUAAAAAAUAAAUUUAGAGGUAGUUAUAAAAUUUAUGAAAAUUCAACUAUAUGCUUAUAUAUAAAUAACAAUUAUGAAACUAAUCUAAUUAAUAGAAUUUUCAUAGAACAAAAUAAUUUUAAUGAUGUUAAAUAUUCCUUAAAUGAAAAGAGAAUAUUAAAGACAUGCACUAAAUAUUUUCUAGACAAUUUUUUAUCUUUAAUAGAUAAAAAAAUUAAUAUAAAAAAUAUAAUUCCCAUAAUGAAAAAAAUAAAUUAUGAAUUUGACAAAAAUAAUUUAUAUUUUUUUAUUUCAAAAUUCAAUUUAAUGGAUAAAAUUUUUAGUGAUUCUCAUGGUUUUGAUUGUAAUAAAAAAUUUUUUGAAAAAAAUUCUUCUAACAUUAAAAAUUUUGCAAUUUUUUUUAAGUUAAUACAUGACGCGACAAAUUUUUAUGAUACUUACAUUAAUAAUAAUAAAAUGAACGUGGAUAAUUAUAGAAUAAUUAUUGUAGCAUUACAUAAAGGGAAAUCAUUUAAUUAUAAUAAAUUAUCUUUUAAUGAGUUUAUGAAAACAUCAGAAAACCAAAUUUAUAAUUAUUACAAUAAUUAUGAUUCUAUGCACUUUGAUAAUAAUUCUGUAAUACUUUUUAAUUUAUCUUAUGCUGUUCCCUUUUAUUAUAUAGAAUACUACAGAAAAUAA